CACACACUACAUAGCAACAUGGAAGACCAAAAGAUGAUGCAUGAGCUUAUUAAUGGGUUGAAUGGGCACUUGUUGGGAAUAAAAGAGUUGACUCGAAAAUCUCAAGAGGCUAAGAAGUUUGCCUAUUGCCCAUACAGCAAGUUUCGAGUCGGGGCAGCACUGCUGACACAUGACGGGACGGUUUUCACAGGGUGUAACGUGGAAAACGCAUGCUUCAACCUGGGAAUCUGUGCUGAGAGAGUUGCCAUUUCCAAAGCUGUAUCUGAGGGCUACAGGGAUUUCAAAGCCAUUGCUAUUGCGAGUGAUAUGUGUGAGAACUUUAUUUCCCCCUGUGGAGGAUGCCGGCAGUUCAUGAGAGAGUUUGGUUCUAACUGGGAAGUGUAUUUGUCCAAACCUGACGGUUCCUAUGUUGAGAUGACGGUUGAGGAACUUCUGCCUGCAUCUUUCGGACCAGAGGACUUAAAAAUGAAGAAAGCGAACAUUCGGAAUGAGUUCUGAAGAGGAGAUUCUAGAGGAGAUCGCAUAUGUUGAAGCCAGAAUUUUUACCAGCCCUCCUGUGACUGUUUUUCUUGUUUAAAUAUUUCCCAAAUGAUGUUGAACAGAUUGAGGAGUUUUUCACAGUAUUUCCUAUAAUAUUUUUUUCUUCUGGAGAAAGUCUGAUUUGUUUUAUUUUGGCUAGAAUAAAAGCAGUUUUUCAUUUUUAAAAUCAUUUUAAGGUCAAUAAUACUAGCCCCCUUAAGCAGUGUUUUUUCCUCAACCUUUUUUUUUUGCCUUGAGACCUCCUUUUAUUAUGUAUUAAAAAAAAAAAAUUCUCUCCGUUAAACAGAAAUUGAGGAAAGAAAUAUACAGGGGGUUAAUAAUUCUGACUUCUCAACUGUACAGGAGAGCUUUGCUGUGUAUAUAGUACAUUAUGAAACAUUGUGUUUAAAGGGAAAAUUUAAAUGAAAACUACCUCAUCAUUUAUUCUCCCUCAUAGGGUUUUAAUCCUUUAUGAGUUUCUGUCUUCUGUUGAACACAUUAGAUGACAUUUGAAAGAAUGCAAGUUGAUGGAACCCCUCGACUUCCAUAGUAAUUUAGAUUUUUCCUACUAUGGAAGUCAAUGGGCUUUCAGCAUUCUUCAAAGUAUCUUCUUUUGUUUUCAAGAAACUCAAACAGGUUUGAAACAAGUGAAGAGGGAGUAAAUGAUGACAGUGUUUCCAUCAUAAACUAUCCCUUUAACAGUGCUGAAUGUUAACUAAUUUAUAUACUCUUUAAAUGUAUGUAAAGAUUGUAAUUAUUCUUAUUUUUGAAUAAACACCAAAAUAUGAGUGAA